CAGCAUGGAGGCGCCUGCUCCGAGCAGCUAACUCUGGAGCAGCUGGGGCGCGUAUCUUGCUGAAUGGAGUACCUGUGGACUGACAGCAUCGCACGAGACUGACAUCAACAGCCUGCUCUACCAUGGAGUUUGGAAAGGUUUGGUCCAGAUAUCAGAGGACGCUGCUUAUCACCAUGAUGAUGUUCAAACUGGGGAUUAACUGUGAGGUGGAGAUCGAUGAGUGCGAGGUUCGUCCCUGUCAAAAUGGCGCCACCUGCCGAGAUCACGUUGCCAUGUACUCGUGUGAGUGCGUGGCUGGGUUCCAGGGGCGAGACUGCGAAGUCGACAUUGAUGAAUGUGCCAGCUGGCCCUGUCGAAAUACAGGAACAUGCAUAGAUGGUGUGAACAGCUAUGUCUGUGACUGUGAGGGGACAGGCUUUGUAGGCGACUACUGUGAAGAGGAUAUUCCUGAAUGUGCUUCUGACCCCUGCCAGAACGGAGCCACAUGUUUGGAGGGGACCAAUCAGUACAAGUGCCUGUGUUGGCCAGGUUACGAGGGAGACAACUGCCAGCUGGAUAUAGAUGAGUGUGAGCAGCAUCCCUGUCACAAUGGUGGCAAGUGUUUUCAGCGCUCAGAUGUCGUGAACUACAGAAAGCUCCCUGAACUCAGCACUGCUGACUUCAGUUAUGAUGUGGCCGCCGGCUUCAUCUGUCACUGUCUGCCAGGAUUCGUUGGUUUAACUGAAGCCAUUUUCCAGGACAAUUCUCUCCAGUACUUUGCCCAAAGCUCCCUGCUGAGCUCCAUAACCAACAUCACCAUGAACGUACGAACACGGGAUGAGAAUGGGAUCUUGCUGCGUUCUGUCAACACAACCGAGGUCUUCUGCCUGGGCCUGCUCAACUCCAGCCUGCUGGUCAAACUGGACAGCGGGGAUGGUGCAGAGCUGCAGGCCUUCACGAGCGACAGGACGAUCGCCGAUGGGGCAUGGCAUCACAUUCAGCUCACCAUGGUGGACCCAACACAGUCAGAAUCGCGCUGGCGCCUCACCGUAGAUGGACAGAGAGCUGGUGUCAGCUUUGGAACGACUGGCAACCUCAACUUUCUCAAUGACACCAAAAUCUGGCUGGCAGAAAAAUACACAGGAUGUUUAGGAGAGGUGAGGCUGGGUGGGGUCUACCUACCACUCGUAAAGGUAGCAGAUCCACCUCAGAUGAGCCGAUUCACCAGAGUGGGUGGCCACGAGCCAAGCAUCGGGUGCCGAGGUGCACCUAUUUGUGAUUCGCAGCCCUGUCUCAACCAGGGUGUGUGUCAGGACCAGUUUAAUGAGUUUAACUGCAGCUGGAUGCAGGUUGUGGACAUCUCUGGACCUGGAAGCCUUCAUGACUGGAAGAAUGUCUGGCUUGUUCUGUCGCAAAGUUUCCACAAUAGUCAGAACCUUCUCAAGGAGAUGCUCUGCAAGAUGGUGAAGAAGUUGUACACGAUCCCAUCAGUUGCAUAUGGGAUGCGUGCAUCACAAACCCAGAAGAUUUUUAUGCCAUACUUGGCGGGCUUACUCGCUGAAGCUCUGCUGUCGAAAGCCUCCUUGAGAAAAUGUGUUUGUGUGUCUAAUAGAUGGCGUUUUCCUCCUGUGGCAUGCAAUGCGAACACUGAGUGUCUAAACGGAGGAGUUUGUAUUGGAGGUGACUCUGGGGGCAACUGUACCUGCAAGCCAGGAUAUGCUGGAGACAGGUGUGAGACAGAAAUAGAUGAGUGUGAGUCCAGCCCUUGUCUCAACGGUGCCACCUGUCUGGACAGACUCAACCACUUCCAGUGUGUGUGUGUGUCAGGAUACACCGGCACGCUUUGCGAUAGCGAUAAAGAGGAACAAACAGAGCGAGUUCCAUGGUUGGCAGUGGCCAUCCCUUUGACCACUCUAUGUGUCUUACUGGCCAUCCUGGUGGUGUUUUUUCUCAUCAUGACAGCACGAAAGAAGCGUCAAUCAGAGGGCACAUACAGCCCCAGCUCACAGGAAGUAGCUGGGGCCAGACUGGAAAUGGGCAGCGUCCUCAAAGUGCCCCCAGAAGAGAGGCUUAUCUAAGGCUUGAAGCCUUUCCUCACAGACUUACAUCCAAAGGAUGCAUAUUAAGGGCGAGAGAUUAAAUAGUGCUCAGUGUUAUCCUUUGCACAAGGAAAGAGGUAACGAAAUAAUCAGUAUCACAUUUUCUCUCUAGAAAAACUUGUGACAUUCACAACUUGUAGGUGACGACUGCUGACAGAGGCAAACUCAGACUGUGCUGGUAGGAAGAGUUUGGUCAUUCGAUGUUUAGCUCUCUGAGAAGUUUUCACACUAAAUCUGUUUUGCAUAAAUAAAAAGGAAAGAAGAAAAAAACUGCACCACAUCAAGGGCUCAGGAGUAGAGCGAGAGCACCGCAGAGCCCGACACGUGGAGCUGAACUCCAAAGUGCUCAGGUCUGAAUCUGAGCUUUUAUGGGAUGUGAUCAGAAGCUAAACGGACCAAAAUGUCUGCAGCUCGUCCCAGUGACAGACCCGAGGUUUUAACUGGGAGAGCCAACGUUAGGUUUUCACGCUGUGGCUGAUCCGUGCAUGUUGCGCACUACUCUGUUCCCCACUCUUUGUGGUAGUUGUAGUUACACACUGAAGUUUGCGUCAUUUUUAUAUCCGUCAUCUUUUUGCCAUAUUGGGUUAUCCCCAUCUGAUUUUCCUUUCUUCCCUUCCACAGUGAAGCUUUUUGUCUGAAAGAAUGCAUUUUGAAUUAAAUUACCUUGAUGUUAAAUUUCUAAUUCAAGAAUGCUGCCGGGGAUUCCACUUGCCUGAUAUAAACGAUGUCCCAGUGGAAAAGAGCAUUGUUAACGUUUUAAAAUCAGGUUACGAGCGACUCAACUACAGUUAGGCGUUGGGUAUUGGCUAAGUUGAU